UUGUAUAACAACAUAUAUACAUAGAAUGUGUAACAAUUAAUAAAACGAAUCUUAUUAAGUAACAUAACAUAUUUUAUUUCAAAUAUAUUAUAAUAUUUUUAAUAAUUUAAAAUAUACGUACUGUGAUAUAUAAAUAUUUAUUCUAAUUUUUUUUUAGCAGUUUAAGAUGAAUGCUGUCUUAAGUGUUGGACGCACAAUUAAUAUAUUCUGUAAACGAUGUCUCAGUUCUUUUAAAUUACCUCCAGAAUUUGUCAUACCAAUGAGUAAUGAUAUGAUUAUCUGUUGGCAUCCAGAACGAGAAUUUCCUUACAAAUGUUCAUUACCACUACCACAAGAAAAAGAAACUUUAUCAAAUUCUAUUUUAUGUAUUGGUGAAAAAGAAAUUGCUGAUGUUUUUAAGCAUAAGAGAAAAGAAGUUGUUAUUGAAGAACUUCGUAAAAUGACAUACACUACAAAACAUAGAUGGUAUCCUAAAAAACGGUUGUUGAGACUUAAAAAAAUAGAACCAGACAGACCAUAUCUGUAAUGUUAUAUAUUUUUAAAAU